UGAUGACGGCGGCUCGUGCCUCCACACCGCAUGUGUGAUCGUGUGUAGAUGGAUCAUUUCACCCACAUCACUGGAAACAACGCAGCAUCAAAUUCGCACAAAUCGACGACAGGACGGGCAGAUCUAUCCGUAUUUCCCUCGGCUGCCCUCUCUCUCUGGGUCCGUCUCUGUGGAUUCGUUUCGGUGUAGCGGAUCGCGGCUGCUCAGUAAGAUGCUGCAGCUCUGGCAGUCGUUGGCGUGACCGUCUGCAGGAGGCCAGAGAUCCGCCCACUCGCUCACACUCUCGCUGUCGCCAUGACGACUUCAGCUCUGCGGCGGCAGGUGAAGAAUAUCGUGCACAACUACUCGGAUGCGGAGAUCAAGGUGCGCGAGGCGACCUCCAAUGACCCCUGGGGCCCGUCCAGCUCGCUGAUGUCCGAGAUCGCCGAGCUGACCUUCAGCGUGGUGGCCUUCAGCGAGGUCAUGGCCAUGGUGUGGAAACGCCUCAACGACCACGGCAAGAACUGGAGACACGUCUACAAGGCUCUGACGCUGUUGGACUAUCUGGCUAAGACGGGUUCGGAGCGCGUCGCCCAGCAGUGCCGCGAGAACGCCUUCACCAUCCAGACGCUGCGCGACUUCCAGUACGUGGACCGGGACGGCCGCGACCAGGGCGUGAACGUGCGCGAGAAAGCCAAACAGCUGGUUGCGCUGCUGCGGGACGAGGAGCGUCUGCGACAGGAGCGAGCGCAGGCGCUCAAGACCAAAGAGAGGAUGGCGGGCGGCGGCGGCGUGAGCGGAGUCCCUCCCGCGUAUCCCAGCAGACGCAGCAGUCAGCCCAGCAUGGCGGCGCUCUACGGAGAAGAGUUCAACCACUCCAGAGGAUCACCAUCAUCCUUCAACUCGUCGUCCUCGUCUCCCAGAGCGUCUGAUCUGGAACAAACUCGACCGCAGACCAGCGGAGAAGAAGAGCUACAGCUGCAGCUCGCGCUGGCUAUGAGCAGAGAGGAGCAGCGUAGCCGUCAAGGGGAUGACCCUCAUCUGCAAAAGGCUCUGGAGGACAGCAAGAAAGAGCGAGACUCGCGGCCUUCAGAGUCAGCCAUGAUAGAUCUGGUGGAUAUAUUCGGUCCCACGCCUGCAGUGCCGGCAAGUGAUGACCCCUGGGACGCCCCGCCCACCUGCCCCGUGGACUCUGACCCCUGGGAGUCUGUCGCUGUAGUUAAGUCUAGUAACCCGGUGGCUGAUAGUCCCUGGGCGACCCGCCCUUCCUCCAGUAGCCCCGCCCACCCGUGGGGAACCCACCAAUCACCUCCUGACCCCUGGGACGCCACGCCUUCAAACUCCACCUCUAACAUGGAUGAAAAAGCCUGGAGGAGCCCAGCGCGACCAGGUACAACAAAAGUCCAAAUUUCGAGUGUGAAGGACCCGUUUACUAUUCCAGAGGAGGAGGAGCUUAGAGUGGAGGAGGAGGAGGAGCCUAUAGUAGAGAAGGCGGGGCCAAACCAAGUGUUCAGCCCUCGCUGUGAAAGUCCUGCAGAUGCCGAUCAGUUUGGCGAGUUGGUGGUGGGCGUUCAAGUGAAUGGACGGGGAAAUGACAGUCCGGAGACCUUUGACCUCUCUCGUCUCGGGCCUCCUCUCGACGCGGUGACCCCCAGACAGUGCCGGACCCCCGAAGCGUUCCUCGGCCCCACCGCUGCCUCCCUCGUCAAUCUAGACACGCUGAUUCCCAGCAACCCACCGGUCAAGAGCAAAAACCCCUUCCUGUCAGGUCUGAGCACACCGUCUCCCACAAACCCCUUCCACUGUGAGCAGCCCAGACUGACUCUGAAUCAGAUGCGUCCUCACUCCACAUCGCCGCUGCCAGCUCACGCUCUGUCCUACAGCGCCUCCCUCCCUCUGCCCGUCGUGCAGCAGAAGCCACAGACUAUUCCCUCGUCCUUUACACAGCCGUCCCACGGCCUGCUGGACAUGCCCAGCAACCUGCCGCAGCCGCUGCUGCCCCUCACACCCUCAACCCGACAAACAGAACACCCUGGGCAAAGCCACAACCCCUUCCUCUAAGGAAUUGCAGUUACAUGUGAGAAACGGAAACUGAAACCGGAUUAAGGUGAUUCGGGUUUAGUGUGACCGGACCGGACUAAAGGGCUGAUUUCAAGCCUAAAGAAUGGGAAACGGAGACUGAAACUGGAUUAUGGUGAUUCAGUUUCAGUGUGAACAGACUAAAGCUAUGAUUUAAAGCCUAAAGAAUGGGUAUCAGAGACUAAAGCCAGAUUACAGUGAUUCAGUUUCAGUGUGAACAGACAAGAUCUGAUUUAAAGCCU